UGUGUUUAUAGUUCAAUUGGAAAAAAAAAAAAAAUUAUUGUUUAUACAUCUUUUUUAUCUUCAACAAUACAAUGAGUGACGAGGAAGAGGACUACAUGUCCACGAAAUACUUGGAAACAGCUCAAGCGUUUGAAUCAACACGAAAAGAAACUUACUCAGAACGUCGCAAGAAACAAUUACGAGAACAACAAGAAAAGGGUUACAUUAAACCUCGUGCGCAACUCGAAAAAGAGGAACGUGAACGCGGUCUCAAGCAACACAUGGACGAAAAGAAUAAAGGCAUGAAAAUGUUGAUGAAAAUGGGCUUUAAAAAGGGUACAGGUUUGGGUCAACAACAAUCAGGCAUCAUGGAACCCAUCGCCAUUGAUUUAAAAGCAGGUCGAUCAGGUAUCGGCAUGGACACCCAACUUUUAAAACGGGCGCGAGAAGCUGAGGAAGAGGAAGCUAGAAAAAGAGUCGAAAUUGAUCCGGAGGACUAUCGUCUCUUGAUGGCUCAAAGAGCAAAAGACGCUCAAUAUUCACGUUACAUUGCUGCGGCUGUCUCUGUAUGUGAGAAAUUAGACGAAGAGAAUAAGGUGGAGUCCAAUAUCUUGUGGACAUUGAAACCUGCUACUUUAUCAACAGAGGAAGAAGAAAAGGAAGGGGAAGCGGAGGAGGAGGAGGAAGAAGAAAAGAAGCCAGUGUACCCUCAAGACAUGGUGGACAAAUUAAAAGCCUUAAGCCUGGAACAUCAAUUAGAAGCCUUGGUAGAAUACCUUCGAGAUACCUAUUUCUAUUGUUUUUGGUGUCGUGCCAAGUACGAUGACAAGCAAGAUCUCGACACUAAUUGUCCUGGUACAGAAGAAGACGAUCACUAAAAAUAAAUCAUAAAAUUGUAAAUACCGCAACCCCCACCCCCCAUUUUUUUUUUAUUAUUAGCAUGAAAUAUGCGUCAUGUUUCUGCUGACAUUAAAGCAUUAAUUUUUUUUUUUUUUUCUCAUAUAAAAAUCCCAUGCUAUGUUAA